AAAGAAUCAAGUCACAAUUUAUAAUGACAAAUAUACUAAUUAUGAUAACCCAAUCCUCAUGGGGGAUGUACCUAAAAGAACUAAAAAUUAGUAGCUCUGUUUUAAACAGUCCUGUAUUAUAUUCAAUUAAAUCCAAAUAAUUCUCAGGUUGGGCUAUCGCGCCAGAAGAGCGAGAUUGGAAAUACAGACUAUCAAUCUAUUACGCAAAGCCACAAGAUUCUGGAACUUUCACCUGCGCGACGCCGAGGGGAAUAACUAACAGCGUAACACUACAUGUAGCAGCCAUCCACUGCGAACCAAUCUCUGUCUCUGGCAUGCACCUAAGUGUGAGAGUUGAAGGGACUAGGCUGGGACACAUGGCCAUUUUCCAGUGUCCUAUAGGAUUCUAUGUCUCAGGUGAAGCCAACCUUACAUGCCAAGCUUCAGAUUAUACUAUGUUUCAUCAUUUCACGGACAGAUGUCUCUAA